AUGUCAAAUACUAACAUUGUCGACAUGAUAAAUAGAGAAUUUGCCGUACCAGAGUCUCUGCAGAUCUUCACAACGUUACGAUACGACCCGUCUCUCUCUAAACAGUGUGCUGGAAACGUGGGACUCGACGAAUCAUGUAUCUAUUCUCUGAAUGACCACAUUGCCAAGCUGAACCGUUCGGCACGCUAUUUUCAAAUCGAUGCACACGUCUCCAAAGAGACGAUCUUGGAUGGUAUAUCUGCGGCAUUCUUCCACAAUGGCAUGGACAACUCGAUACCACAUAGGGUGAAGGUCUCUAUUGCCCUAGACGGAUCCAUGCAUGUGGAAAUGGCGCCGCUGCCGGAGACGCACAGACUCAAUACGGAGAUUCCGCAAUAUGCCUCCUUCCAGGAAUCGACAUUGUCCAUACCAAAGUACCUGCACCCGUGGAGUGGCUGGUACGCCCAUUUGGACUCACAGCCUUCUUCGGUGUCUCCAUACACGUCCUUUAAGACCAACAUUAGAGACACGUACAAUGCCGCAAGGCGCAGACGGUCAAUAACAGUUGGCGAUAGGCGGGAGGUCAUUCUCUAUGAUGGCAGUGGAUACCUCUUGGAGGGCUCCAUCACUAGCAUUGCCUGUUGGCGGGAGAAGGACUCACAAUAUGCGUGGGUGACGCCGCAUUUGGGGAGGGGAUGCAUGGACGGAAUAAUGAGAAGGAAGUUUAUAGACACGAGAGAAAUUAUACAAGGCGAUAUUGAAGUCGGUUCCCUAAUGGACGGCGAGAUCAUUCUCCUCAUGAACGCUCUCAUGGGAGUCCAGCCGGCCAUUGUAAGGUUACAAUGA